CUAUCGGAAGUGUUUUGGGGAGAGAGAGCGAGAAGGGCAGAGAAUUUAAGUCUGGUUUGCGUUGAAAGAUAAGAGUCAGAGAGGCGGGGUAGCUGAGAAACUACUUCUUCUUCUUGUUCUUGAGGGGCAUUGCGAGGGAAAUACGGUGUGGCAGAGGCAGAUACCACGUGCACCUUUCACAAAAGCCGUUAUAACUUAAGCGACCCACCCAUCCCCAACCUAAACCUGACCUACCUCUCUGCAACCUCUUUAACUAUUCUUCCCACUCUCUGUGCUGUGCAUGAUCACCAUACAUGCACUAGCCCAAUCCCAUAACAUUCUACGGUGCUAAUUUAAUUUAUUUAUUUUUCCUUUCUGAGCUCCACAUAUUUUACACAAAUAUCAACCCAAUUGAUUGAUUUCAUCUCCAGAGUUUCCAGCUUCUGUUGCCUCUACCCCAAGGACUCUGUUAGUCGACAAAUGAUAUAACUGCAGGAUAAAAAAUCCCAAAUUCUGAUUGAAUUUUGACGUGCCAAGCUGCUUGUAAUCUGUUUUAAGCUGUGCAGAAGAAGAAAAAUGGCUGACACCGGGCCCGGGAAUGGAUUCAUAAAUGGUAUAGUACCAAAUAGGCAUUCUGCUACAAUCUCUGUAGUAGACGAGUUCUGCCACGCUCUUGGGGGAAAGAGGCCAAUUCAUAGCAUACUAAUUGCAAACAAUGGAAUGGCAGCAGUCAAGUUUAUACGUAGUGUUAGGACGUGGGCCUAUGAGACAUUUGGCACAGAAAAGGCUAUCUUGUUGGUUGCCAUGGCUACUCCAGAGGACAUGCGAAUCAAUGCUGAACACAUCAGAAUGGCCGAUCAAUUUGUUGAAGUUCCUGGUGGGACCAAUAACAAUAACUAUGCCAAUGUGCAACUUAUUGUCGAGGUGGCUGAGAUAACUCAUGUCGAUGCAGUGUGGCCUGGUUGGGGUCAUGCAUCAGAGAAUCCUGAACUGCCAGAUGCAUUAAAUGCAAAAGGAAUUGUCUUUCUUGGACCCCCUUCUGUAUCUAUGGCAGCAUUAGGAGAUAAAAUUGGUUCGUCAUUGAUUGCUCAAGCAGCAGACGUGCCUACCCUUCCGUGGAGUGGUUCUCAUGUGAAAAUUCCUGCUGAGGAUUGCUUAAUUACUAUUCCUGAUGAUAUUUACCGACAAGCAUGUGUCUAUACAACAGAGGAAGCGAUUGCAAGUUGUCAAGUUGUGGGUUACCCUGCAAUGAUUAAGGCCUCUUGGGGCGGCGGUGGUAAAGGCAUAAGAAAGGUUCAUAAUGAUGAUGAGGUCAAGGCAUUGUUCAAGCAAGUUCAAGGGGAGGUUCCAGGCUCUCCUAUAUUCAUAAUGAAGGUAGCAUCCCAGAGCCGACAUUUAGAAGUCCAGUUACUUUGUGAUCAGUAUGGAAAUGUUGCUGCUUUGCAUAGUCGUGACUGCAGUGUUCAAAGGAGGCACCAAAAAAUUAUUGAAGAGGGACCAAUUACUGUAGCUCCUCUGGAUACAGUGAAAAAACUGGAACAGGCAGCUAGAAGAUUGGCUAAAAGUGUAAAUUACGUUGGUGCAGCUACAGUUGAGUAUCUAUUCAGCAUGGAGACAGGCGAGUACUACUUUUUGGAGCUGAACCCCCGGUUACAGGUUGAACAUCCUGUUACUGAGUGGAUAGCAGAGAUAAAUCUGCCAGCAGCGCAAGUUGCUGUUGGGAUGGGUGUCCCUCUCUGGCAAAUUCCUGAGAUAAGGCGUUUCUAUGGGGUGGAACAUGGUGGGGGUUAUGAUGCUUGGACGAAAACAUCAGCUUUAGCCACUCCUUUUGAUUUCGACAAAGCUGAAUCUACAAGGCCAAAAGGUCAUUGUGUGGCUGUCCGGGUGACAAGUGAGGACCCUGAUGAUGGUUUUAAGCCUACAAGUGGGAAAGUGCUGGAGCUGAGCUUUAAAAGCAAGCCAAACGUGUGGGCAUACUUCUCUGUUAAGUCUGGAGGAGGAAUUCAUGAAUUCUCAGAUUCUCAGUUUGGGCAUGUUUUUGCAUUUGGAGAAUCUAGGGCCUUGGCGAUUGCAAAUAUGGUUCUUGGGCUGAAGGAGGUUCAAAUUCGAGGAGAAAUUCGUACCAAUGUUGAUUAUACUAUAGAUCUCUUAAAUGCUUCAGACUACAGAGAAAACAAAAUCCACACAGGAUGGUUGGACAGUAGAAUUGCGAUGAGGGUUAGAGCAGAAAGGCCACCUUGGUAUCUUUCUGUUGUUGGAGGGGCACUCUAUAAAGCUUCUGCUAGCAGUGCAGCUUUGGUUUCAGACUACGUUGGUUAUCUUGAAAAGGGACAAAUCCCUCCAAAGCACAUAUCUCUUGUCCACUCUCAAGUGUCCUUGAACAUUGAAGGAAGCAAAUAUACCGUAGACAUGGUAAGAGGAGGACCAGGAAGUUAUAAAUUGAGAAUGAAUGAAUCAGAAAUAGAAGCAGAGAUACAUACCUUACGGGAUGGAGGUUUGUUAUUGCAGUUGGAUGGAAAUAGUCAUGUGAUAUAUGCAGAGGAAGAAGCAGCUGGAACUCGUCUUCUAAUAGAUGGAAGAACUUGCUUGCUUCAGAAUGACCAUGAUCCAUCAAAAUUAGUUGCAGAGACACCUUGCAAGCUUCUGAGAUAUUUGGUUACAGAUGACAGUCAUAUUGAUGCAGACACACCAUACGCAGAGGUUGAGGUCAUGAAGAUGUGUAUGCCUCUUCUCUCACCUGCUUCUGGGUUUAUUCAUUUUAAAAUGACUGAAGGUCAAGCAAUGCAGGCUGGUGAACUUAUAGCAAGGCUUGAUUUAGAUGAUCCUUCAGCUGUAAGAAAAGCAGAACCUUUUCAUGGGAGCUUCCCAGUAUUGGGUCCUCCUACUGCAAUUUCUGGUAAAGUUCAUCAGAAAUGUGCUGCAAGUUUAAAUACAGCACGCAUGAUACUGGCUGGCUAUGAGCAUAAUAUUGAGGAAGUUAUGCAAAGUUUACUCUAUUGUCUCGAUAGUCCUGAAUUGCCUUUCCUUCAAUGGCAAGAGUGCUUGGCUGUUUUGGCAACUCGUCUCCCCAAAGAUCUCAAAAAUGAGUUCGAAUCAAAAUACAAAGAAUUUGAGAGGAUUUCAAACUCCCAAAAUGUUGACUUCCCCGCCAAAUUGUUGAAGGGAAUCCUUGAUGCUCAUCUUUCCUCCUGUCCUGACAAAGAAAAAGGAGCCCAAGAAAGGCUUGUUGAACCUCUGAUGAGUCUGGUGAAGUCUUAUGAAGGGGGACGAGAGAGCCAUGCCCGGUUUAUUGUUCAAUCCCUUUUUGAUGAGUAUCUUUUUGUUGAAGAACUAUUUAGUGAUAACAUACAGGCUGAUGUAAUUGAACGCCUCCGUCUUCAAUACAAGAAAGAUCUACUUAAAAUUGUGGAUAUAGUGCUCUCUCACCAGGGUGUCAAAAGUAAAAAUAAGCUUAUACUACGAUUAAUGGAACAACUGGUUUACCCUAACCCUGCUGCCUACAGGGAUCAAUUGAUCCGUUUCUCUGCUCUCAACCAUACAAAUUAUUCCGAGUUGGCUCUUAAGGCAAGUCAAUUGCUAGAGCAAACUAAAUUGAGCGAACUUCGUUCUAGCAUUGCUAGAAGUCUUUCUGAACUAGAAAUGUUCACCGAGGAUGGUGAAAAUAUUGAUACUCCUAGGAGGAAGAGUGCCAUUAAUGAUCGAAUGGAGGACCUUGUGAGUGCCCCUUUGGCGGUUGAAGAUGCCCUUGUAGGUUUGUUUGAUCACAGUGAUCAUACUCUUCAAAGGCGGGUUGUGGAAACUUAUAUUCGUAGGCUGUACCAGCCGUAUCUUGUCAAAGGGAGUGUUAGGAUGCAGUGGCACAGAUCUGGUCUUAUUGCUUCAUGGGAGUUCCUGGAAGAGUAUGUCGAAACGAAGAGCGGAACUGAAGACCAAAUGUCUGAUAAAGCAUCGUUGGAGAAACAUAGUAAGAGAAAAUGGGGAGUGAUGGCUAUAAUUAAAUCUCUUCAAUUUUUGCCUGCAAUAAUCAGUGCUGCAUUAAGGGAAGCAACUCAUAACUUUCAUGGAGCACUUCCAACUAGUUCUGCUGAACUGGUUCACUAUGGUAAUAUGAUGCAUAUUGCAUUGGCAGGCAUCAACAAUCAGAUGAGUUUACUACAAGACAGUGGUGAUGAGGAUCAGGCCCAAGAAAGGAUCAAUAAGUUAGCCAAAAUACUUAAGGAAAAAGACAUAGGCUCCUCUAUACAUGCUGCAGGAGUAGGAGUAAUUAAUUGUAUCAUACAGAGGGAUGAAGGGCGAGCCCCUAUGAGGCACUCCUUUUACUGGUCAGCAGAAAAGCUCUGUUAUGAAGAGGAGCCCUUGUUGCGUCAUCUAGAACCUCCCCUAUCCAUUUAUCUUGAAUUGGGAAAACUUAAAGGCUAUGAUAAUAUACGGUAUACUCCAUCCCGAGAUCGUCAAUGGCACUUGUACACAGUUCUAGAUCAUAAGCCUCAAUCGAUUCAAAGAAUGUUUCUCCGAACACUUGUAAGGCAACCAGUGACAAGUGAUGGAUUCUCUUCAUAUCAAGGGCUAGAUGCGGAAACAUCUAGUGCCCAAUUGACUAUGCCUUCUACUUCAAGGAGCAUUUUGAGGUCCUUGAUGGCUGCCAUGGAGGAGUUGGAACUUAAUGCACACAAUGCCACUAUCAGACCUGAACAUGCUCAUAUGUACCUCUAUAUCAUACGCGAGCAACAAAUUAGUGAUCUUUUGCCUUAUACAAGGAGAGUUGACAUAAAUGCCGACCAAGAAGAAACAACAGUUGAGGUGAUCUUGGAAGAACUGUCACAUGAAAUCCAUUCUUUUGUUGGUGUAAGAAUGCAUAGAUUAGGUGUUGCUGAGUGGGAAGUCAAACUCUGGAUGACAUCUUCUGGACCAGCAAAUGGUGCCUGGAGGAUUAUUGUAACUAAUGUGACUGGCCAUACAUGCACUGUACAUAUAUACCGAGAACUGGAGGAUACCAGCACACAUAAAGUGAUAUACAGUUCAGUUACUGUAAAGGGUCCUUUGCAUGGUGUACCAGUGAAUGAAAACUAUCGACCUUUAGGAGCUAUUGACCGAAAACGUCUUGUAGCAAGGAAGAACAACACCACAUACUGCUAUGAUUUUCCACUGGCAUUUGAGACAGCUUUGGAGCAAUCAUGGACCAUGCAGCACCCAGGAUUUCAAAAGGCUAAAGACAAAGUUCUUCUAAAAGUAACAGAGCUAAAGUUUGCUGACAAGGAGGGCAAUUGGGGUACUCCUCUUGUUCCUGUGGAGCGUCCCUCUGGACUCAAUGAUGUAGGCAUGGUAGCCUGGAUAAUGGAAAUGUGUACUCCUGAGUUCCCUAAUGGAAGGACAAUCUUAGUUGUAGCUAAUGACGUGACCUUUAAGGCCGGUUCUUUUGGCCCAAGAGAGGAUGCGUUCUUUCAUGCCGUAACUGAUCUUGCGUGUAAGAGAAGAUUGCCAUUGAUUUACCUGGCGGCAAAUUCUGGUGCCCGUUUAGGUGUAGCUGAGGAACUCAAAUCUUGUUUCAGAGUUGGUUGGUCUGACGAAUCUAACCCUGAGUAUGGUUUGCAGUAUGUAUAUUUAACACCUGAGGAUUAUGCUAGGAUUGGAUCAUCAGUGAUGGCACACGAGUUAAAGCUGGAAAGUGGAGAAACCAGAUGGAUAAUUGAUACCAUUGUUGGGAAAGAAGAUGGUCUAGGGGUUGAAAAUUUAAGUGGCAGUGGAGCCAUUGCCAGUGCCUAUUCAAGGGCAUAUAAGGAAACUUUCACCUUGACAUACGUGACUGGAAGAACAGUGGGAAUAGGGGCUUAUCUUGCUAGGCUGGGAAUGAGGUGCAUACAGAGGCUUGAUCAGCCCAUUAUUCUUACUGGUUUUUCUGCAUUGAACAAACUCCUUGGUCGGGAGGUAUACAGUUCUCACAUGCAACUUGGUGGGCCUAAGAUCAUGGCAACAAAUGGAGUUGUUCAUCUUACUGUUUCAGAUGAUCUUGAAGGUGUUUCUGCUAUUUUGAGAUGGCUCAGCUACAUUCCUUCUCAUGUAGGUGGUACACUUCCGAUUGUACAACCCCGUGAUCCUCCAGAAAGACUGGUGGAAUAUUUCCCAGAGAACUCAUGUGAUCCUCGUGCUGCCAUCUGUGGUUCUGUGGAUAGUAAUGGAAAAUGGCUGGGUGGGAUUUUUGACAAGGAAAGCUUUGUGGAGACACUUGAUGGAUGGGCCAGGACAGUUGUUACAGGAAGGGCAAAGCUCGGAGGAAUCCCUGUGGGGAUUGUUGCUGUUGAGACGCAGACAGUGAUGCAAGUUAUACCAGCUGAUCCAGGCCAGCUUGAUUCUCAUGAAAGGGUGGUUCCUCAGGCCGGGCAGGUCUGGUUUCCUGAUUCUGCAACUAAGACGGCCCAAUCAAUACUAGAUUUCAACAGAGAAGAGCUCCCACUUUUCAUUCUUGCAAAUUGGAGAGGUUUUUCAGGUGGGCAGAGGGACCUUUUUGAAGGAAUUCUUCAAGCUGGAUCAACCAUUGUGGAGAACCUUCGAACAUACAAGCAGCCUGUAUUUGUAUAUAUCCCAAUGAUGGGUGAACUCCGUGGUGGGGCAUGGGUGGUUGUAGACAGCAGAAUCAAUUCAGACCACAUUGAAAUGUAUGCCGAUCGCACAGCUAAAGGGAAUGUCCUUGAGCCGGAAGGGAUGAUAGAAAUCAAAUUUAGGACAAAGGAAUUAUUGGAGUGCAUGGGUAGACUUGACCAGCAGCUAAUAAACCUGAAAGCAAAAUUACAGGAAGCCAUGAGUAAUAGGGCUAUUGGGACCGUUGAUUCCCUCCAGCAGCAGAUUAAAUCCCGGGAGAAACAGCUUUUGCCUCUAUAUACGCAGAUAGCUACCAAAUUUGCUGAAUUACAUGAUACCUCCUUAAGAAUGGCUGCAAAGGGUGUAAUAAGAGAAGUUCUGGACUGGCGUAACUCCCGCUACUUCCUGUACCGGAGGCUGCACAGGAGAAUUGGUGAGCAUUCGCUGAUAAACAAUGUCAGAGACGCUGCUGGUGGCCAUAUGUCUAACAUAUCUGCAAUGGAGUUGAUCAAAAAUUGGUAUUUGAAUUCUGAUAUUGCCAAAGGGAGAGAUGAUGCUUGGUUGGAUGAUGAGGCUUUCUUCACAUGGAAGAAUGAACAGCAGAAUUACGAGGAUAAAUUGAAGGAAUUGCGUGCCCAAAAGGUGCUGCUUCAACUGACAAAUAUUGGCGAUUCAGUUUUGGAUUUGGAAGCUUUACCUCAAGGUCUUGCUGCUCUUUUAAGCAAGUUGGAACCAUCAAACCGUGCGAAAUUGAUUGAUGGGCUCCGGAAGGUACUUGGUUAGUUAGAAGGCUGGUGCUUCACUAGUGUACAAUACAAUAAAUACUCUCGUUCUUUGCUCAUUAGUUUUUCUGCUUCUGUAAUGGUUAAAUUAAGUGGUAAAUCUCACCUUUAUUGGGCCAAAGUGAUCUUCAUGGAACCAUGCCUUGAGUGUAAAUCAUGUUAAUGGUUGAUGGAUGUAUAAUUUCUGCAAUUGACAGGAUCACAGCCAGCGUCGGCAAGUUUGUUUCUUUAUAUGCUGACUGUAUGAUUCUUUUUCUGUAUCAGAAUAAAUGUUAUAAUUUGUAACAUACGUGAUUAUUUAUGCAUCCAAAAUUUUGGGCA